AUGGACAUAGAGAAGUUUCAAUCGUCGAGUAACAGGUCAUCGACGAGUCGUCCGCCGGACGGCUUUCAAGCCUUCUUGCAGACCGCUUUUUCCGCUAUUAUUGUGAGUUUUUCUCUAUUUUUCUUCAAUUCAUCCUCUUCUUCAUGUUUCUAUGCAUUCUACCUGAAAUGUUUUCUGAUUUGUCUCAUUUUUCCACUUUCAUUUUCGGUUUCAUAAGAAAACACUUCGACCCCAACCAAUUUGAAUCAUUCUGAAAAAUGCCCGAAUUUUUCCAGAAUUUUCUAGGUAUUUUCAAGUUUUCACUGAUGUUCACUGAUGAGAAUUUUUCAAACCGGUGCGGGUGCAGUACUUCUCCUCUUACUUUUUUUUGAAAUUAUGGAUCUGGGUCACUAGUGUGCAGAUUUUGUGACGAGAUACAGUCCGAAACGUUCGAGAUUCCCAAAAAUCUAGACCUAGAAUAAGUAGCCUAUUUUUGAGGGAAAGUAUAACACGAACAAAGGAAUCGAGAUUUCGGAUCUAUUCAUUUCUUCUCUCACUUCUUCUUUCCCCCAGACACUGUUAUUUUCGAAACGUGUUCUGCUACCUUCACCACCAAUUACAAAUUUCUGGGUGGCAAGCUAAGCGUGCAACGUCCAGAAAAUAGAGGGAAAAUACAGUGCGUCGUCUUUCGUCGGCUGGCCCUCCUUCUCGCGUCCACCCCCACUUUUUGCUAAUAAUCAUUGUAUUCGGAUACUAAUUGCAUCUCGUGGUCUGGCCCGUCGGAGAGCGCUGUCCCCGUCCCAUUACAUAAGGGUCGCUCCGAUAACUUUUUGCCCUUUCCUCUACAUUCUCCGCAACUGAAAACUGAAGGAAAGGAACUGGUCUAUAGUCGAACAGAUCCACUCGCGUCUUCGCCUUAUUUCGAUUUCCAUUAAUUUCAGGCGUUUGUUCUCUCACUGCGCAUAAUUGUGUUCGCCACGGUCCGGAAACGAAUUACCAACACGGCGGCGAAUCCGGAUAUCGACGUGGAGGAAGCUUCGUCUUCCUCUUCCGACACCAGCUCCGACACUGAAGUUGUCGAAGAAGGCGUUUUCAUUCAAGUCAGUUUUCUUUUAAAUUUAUUUCAGUCACUUUGUUUUGACCGUUGAAAAAGACUUGUCGCGGCCGGGACCAUCUAGAAAUUCGCGCACUAAAUUACCUCCUCUUUUCUCUCAAUUCAUCAAAUCUCACCUCCUGCGUCGUACCCUAUUGAAACUGUUCAAUUGUUCGGUGGGAGAUGUCAAGAGGUCGAGUAAGAAGGGGUCAGAAAAGAUUUGCCCUUCUCCUUCUUCUUCUCCCCAUUCUUCAACGGUUCUAACCUCCACCACGUGUUUUUUCUCACUUUGAAUGUUCUCGUUGCACCCGAUAUUAGUACACAUAUGCAUAUGGGCCUAGCUGGUACGCUCAUAUAUAUAUAUAUAUAAACGCCUGUUUAUUCAGAUGAUUCACAUUGGCUCUUCUCUGCCUUUUCACCUUUUCGCUCUCUUUUUCUCUCCUUUUUUUUACCCCUUUUUUUCCUCUGUACAUUCCGUUUUCUAUCACCACAAUCAGUCGGUCACUAGUAAUUGGUCAUCAUAUCCGUUCCGUACAUGCAUUGUUCCGAGACGGGAGAAGAUUAAUGCGAACCGAAUCGAACCGCCUGUCAAUCACCCAGAGCCCCCGUUAGGCGGCGGCGGUGAACCGUUUGGAAGCGAAUAUUCCGCCACCAUUUUCCGUUUUUCAAUGCCAUCACCUUCAUCACACCUUCUGAUUUAUUAGGUUCUGAAUAGGAAAACGGCCGAAAGGUUUUGAAGGUUAGAACCGAACCUAAGGUCGAAAAAUAAAUAGAGCGGGCGGGAGUAUGCAUCCAUCGCCCAGUCGAGUCGGAAGACUCUUUUGUGCAAAUCUCGACAUCCAUUUGAUUGUUUGCACAAUGUUUUUCGGUAUUAUCUUUCUCCCAUUUCCCGCUUUUUGAUGAUACUUUUGCUGACCACUCGACCCGCCGCCGUUCCUCGUCGUCUGUUCUGUUCGGUGUGGUCUCAUCUCAGACCGCAAAAAAGUUUUCACCUAUUUCACUAUAACCAACGUGACCCACAUCACGUCGAAGAACGGUUAUAAAACAAGUGUCCGGAACACAAAAGUUCUGUGUUGACUUUGCUGGCAAAACUUUUGUCGAUUUGUUGAUGCGGCAACGAGCGAUACGAAAAAGAGAUGAGCAGACAGAAAAAGUGAAGAAAAGCAUAUUGUUUCCCAGUGUUUUCAUCUUUCCUCCCUCUAUUUUAUUGUUCUUUCCCAAUAUGUACAGUCCGUGUUUUUUUUCAGAAACAACAGGGAGAACCAAGCACAAUGUCGGACAGAAAACUACAAUCUCAAGGCAUGCCGUCUGUGAUGUCGCUGCUCCAAACAGACGAGAUUUUGUCCUCGUGCUCCGAUGAUGAACCGUGAGUUUUUUCAUUUCUCUCAAAAUUAUCAACAAAAAGUUUAAAAAAUGUGUACAUAUCAAGUCGAUCGAUCAUUUUUAACCCCUUAAACUUAAUAAGGGAUGUGUGAUACGAAUAAUUUGGAAGAUUCUGAAAAAAAUGCUCAAAAAUUUGACAGUUGGCAUUGUCGGUGGGUUUAUAGAAUUCGGGGUUUCCAAAUCGAUCGCAUCACACACUUCCCUUGUUGGGGGAUCACUAAUUUCUUUGAAAUGCUCAAAAAGAGCUCGGAUCGAUACGAAUGAAAUUCAAAACCUCUUUUUAUUACUUUUUCAUUUUUAAUCUUCAAAAUCGUAAUAUUCGAAAACAAAGAUGGUGGGAAAAACGAAAAUCGGAGAAGAGACGGCCAAAACCAAGUUUUAAACUUGGAUAAUCCACCUUAGAUCGGACUUCUUCUCACGUUACCACCACGCCGCCGCCGCCGUCGCCGAAAUUUUUUGUUCUCGCAUGAAAUUCAAGAUAUUGGACUCUUCCUGUUUGCAGAACGACUUCUGGCCUCCUUCCGUUGCCAUCACUGCUGCAGUCGAACAUGAGCGCUCUGCCCAACUUUCUUCACACCAUUAACGAGGUAUGAAUGUUUGUUUCAUCGUGAUAAUGAGUGUCCUCGAGAUGACCCUGAGAUAUGCGAAGUGAGUCAUAUAAUCCGGACGUCGGGGGUCUGGGUCGGCACUUGAUAACACCUAAAAACAUGCCGAAUAGCUGGACAAUGAACAUAAGCGGCAUUCCGAUUUGAUCCCGAAUUGAAAGAAUUAAUCGCGCAUGACUCACAUUCGUACAUAGAUAAUCCAUUUCUGAUUGGGUCAUAUGUUUGGAACAUUCAUUCGAUCAAGCAAAUUAGAACACAAUGCGUUAAGCUGCAGAGGAUUCUGUCCGAGAAACUGCAGAUUUCCGAAUUAUUUGUUCUUUCUUAGACAAUGUUUUCACGAAAUGUGCUUAACUGACAAAAUGUACAACAAAUUGAUUAUUUUUCAUGAAAAAUGAUGCGGGCUGAACUUUUCGCAUAAAAAAGUUGUAGAAAAAAGAUUUUUUGUCAGUAUUUUGCUCACAUUCCAUGAAAAAUGUUCCAUGUUAUUCCCAUCCGGAUUAUAAGUCUAUCCGCCCUCAUUCCCAAUGACCCCCACCCCGGUAAACACACCGGGCUUGCCAUUGAGGCACAAAAAGAUCCGCUCGGGAACGUGAAUGAUACACCAAACACGGACCACUCCCUCUCCCCCGCUUCCUCCCCCUUCCUUUUUUCUCUCUCUCUUUCUCUUUCACCUGCCAUCACAUGCGCACCCUCCCUUACUAGGGGCCUCCCAUUUCUUUCUCGAAUGGUCCCUGACCGUUGGUGACCUCCGCCUUCCCCUCCACAAAACCCGUAUUUUUCCGGGUGCGGUGGCCUUGUUAUCCGACCGGUGUGGUCCGUGAUCUUACGUCUCACACGAUAGUUUUUUUUCCUCCGAUAAACUAUACUUAUAGGAAGAAUCCGACGAGGUUCGAUCGUUGACCGGAAGCAGUUUGGCCUCUCCGAGAACAGUCGUUGAUCGUCGUUUGUCGAACAUUUCGCUGCUUAGUCCGACGCCGGACGAAGAUUUGCAGCAGCAACAGCAAGAGGAACGUGAAGAGGUACAGGUCUUUCCUUCUUUUAACCACUCCUUUCUUCUUGUCUUUCUUCUGUUUUCCUCAUUUCCCAUUGAGAGCUUAUAAUUAGCAAUCAUCGAAGACAACGGUCAUUAACAGGUGCGCGGCAGCGAAGAAGAAGAGGAGACGUUUGGAGAGCCACGGACAACGCGUCAAAUCGAAAUCACACAGUCUGCUUCGGAAGACGAUCGACUCGAUUUGCUGAAGGAGCUCGCCAAAAUCGGAAAAUCGAAUACUUCUUCUAGUCAGGUGAGAAACCCAUAGGACCUUGUUAAUCCUGAGUAAAUAGAGGGUAUGCGCAUGAAAGGCAGAGUGUGUGUGCGUGUGUUACUAGUUUCGGAGCAAAACCUACCUACCUACACUCAAAGUUCCAAAUUCUGUUAACUUUUGCUGUUUUCUCAAUGAUCGGUGUCAAAAGUGCAAAAACGAUAGGUCCCACCGAGAUUUGAACUCGGGUCGCAGGAUUCAGAGUCCUGAGUGCUAACCGCUACACCAUGGAACCGCAUACCUGCCGCCUGUCACUUUCGGGCUUCACGAUGUGAUCUGCAAAUAGUUCCUCGUCCCGAGCGAUGCGGAGUGAGUGAAAAGCGGCGCGGGAAGAUUAUCACGACAAAUUGACUGGCGGACUUGCAUCGGUUCCAUGGUGUAGCGGUUAGCACUCAGGACUCUGAAUCCUGCGACCCGAGUUCAAAUCUCGGUGGGACCUAUCGUUUUUUGCGUUUUCAGCCCUGGUAACAAGACAAACGGAAAGAAUGAGUUUUCAACAAGUUUUACAAGUUCUUUAUUGCGUGCAAGGGUGAAAACGCAAAAACGAUAGGUUCCACCGAGAUUUGAACUCGGGUCGCAGGAUUCAAAGUCCUGAGUGCUAACCGCUACACCAUGGAACCGCCUGAGAAGCCCUUCUUUCCAAUUCGUAUAUGUGGUCGGUCAGUGCAGUGACGCAAAGAAAAAAAGAGAAAUGAGAGUGGGCGCGAGGCGUCUUUGUUCGUCUCUGCUCAGCCGCCUGGCUCCCUCACUCCUUUUUCUUGCCAAAGAUGUCAGAAAUUGGAACAUUUUGAGAGUUUUCGUGGCCUUGAUCUUUCUCAGUAUUCGUUGCAAAACUAAAAAUGUGUUCACGAACGCUCAAUAUUUGCAUUUCAAAAUUGCCCAUUCCUCAACCUCCAGAAAUUGUGUUCUUCUUCUUCUGAACAGCCAAACAGUGCGCAAGUGAAGAAAUAUUGAGCACAACAGUCCGUCCGUCGAGUCAAGUGUGCAGGCAUCUCGGCAUCUCCUCGGGGGUUGCUCCAAAAAUUGUCAAAUACACAUCGGCAGUCAGCAGGAGCCUAUCCUGUUUACUCUCGAUAUACACACACCCUCUCGCCCCGUUACACCUACAAGCUUCCUCGAAGAAAGGUUACAAAACUUCGGGUCGUCACGCGGUUCUGUUAGCGGUACUGAUCUAUUCCAAACUAAUUCCUGUGCUCGCGAGUCAUGAGCAACCAAACCAGCAGCAACGAGAUCCAACUGCUGGUCGCUCAGCUUGUGGAUCAAGUUGAACAAGAGAAACCGCUCAUCGCUACGAUUAUUCAGAUGAGCGCGGUCCCACUGGCCCAAGGAGAACAGAAACCGGAGGAGGAGCAGAUCAUCGAUGCUACUGGCACCGAUGUGAUUGAGGAAACUGAUGUCGUGAUUCCAAGAGAAGAAGAGAAGGAGGAACCGGAUUACGCGCAAGUUCCAGGAGAGUCAGAAGAUGAAGGAGAGGCAACUGCUCCAGUUGCUCACGCGCAGUCAGAUGAAUUUGGAGAGCCGCAAAAAGCUGAAAUUGUCACACUUCCAGCGACGAACACCGAAUCCGAAGAUCACAAGGUUAGUUCGUCAGUUCCUUUUUUCCUAGUAAAUUAGUGUAAUUUCUAAAAUUCCUUCAACUUUUCCUCCCAAUCUGAUCUUCUUUUCCCAGUGUACCAGCCAAACCUAUAAAAAGCAUACACGAACGGUAGUCAAUUAUAGCUGACACCGUUUCUCUCCACUCUUCGUUACUUUCACUUGUAUCAAUGUCGUCAUACCAGUUACACGUAUGUACUUGAUGCCUUUUUGGCCAGCCGAGCGGUCGUGCGGGAGGAGGACGGGGACAAAAAAGUUAUAUGACCGAAUGCGGAGUGGUGCUUCUGCCUACCUUUUCGCUUUUACCAUUCACAAUUUCCGCGUUGGCUUCGCUCGCUCUCUGAAUGUGAAAGCAAGUGUAUAUGAAUGAUGAUUAUAUUGUUUGGUCACGAACAGUUAUGCAAAUCAAGCGAAGAUGGUUCCCACCAUUCCGUCCGUCGCCCCGUCACUCUUUUGCCCUACUCGCUCUCUCCGUUCAGCCCUUUUCGUUCUCAAAAAGUAUUGUGUUCAAUAAUCAAAAGUUUUCCGUUGGAUCAAACCAAAUAUUUGACCCGUUCGAUUUGUGCGCUCAGCCUUUUUCAAUUGUUUCAUCAAAGUUUUACGUCGCCAAAAAAACCAAAAGAUUAGCAAAAAUCGUUCGAAUCGUUCGUUUCGAAACAUCUUCUUCUCCUCAUGCCUCAUGCCCUUUGUUUGGGAGUAAAAACGCCUUCUGUCGAUGACUCAUCUAUUCAUUUUUUGUUCCUUUCGUCGUCAUGCCAUUUAAAGACGUGUUCGUACCAGUAUCUCCUCAUUUUGUAGGUGUCAAAAAUGAUACCUUUCGACGCGUCGAACUCUGAAAUUCAUACCCGAAAUAUGACGUCAUUUGUUGUGGUUUGUUUGCUUUUUCAUUGCCGAAAAUCGACCGCUGAAGAUGAUUGUGAUUGUCGUUUUCUUUUCCAUUUUCGGAGAGAUAACCAUCAAGCUGCCGUUUAUAGACGCGCAAAUUUUUGGGUGUAAAAUUGAUGGAAGGGCUAGAUCAGAGAUGGAGAAAAAUGAAGAGAGAAAAGUUGAAAGAUGAAAUGACUGAACUUCAACUUCAACCUUUCACACCCGAAACGCACUAUUUUGCAGCUCGCCGACGCCGAUCGUGACCAAGAGGAAGAACUGGUUUUCAACGAGGAGCGCCGCAAAACAGUGACUAUGUGAGUUUGGUUCGGGUGUCCGCCUUGUUUUCAUCCCCCCCCCCUCCCCGUUCCCUUCCUUUCGGACACUCACUAACUGACCGAUGAUUUGAAAUCGAGGCGAGGCGACUUUCGCUCCUCAACAGUACUAAAAAGGAGACGUCGGUCAACCCGAGGUCGUAUAAAUUUGUUGUCGAUUUGAUUUUUUCGUUCGAUUCGGACGACAACAACCGGUUCUCAUCCGCCUGUCUUCGCUCACUUCCGAGUCCUCACUGUCUUUUUGCAGCCAAACUAUCCUGUCUCUAAAUUAUUUCGUUUAGUGUCUGUCUGAAUAGGGUCGAGUUUUAGUACUGAAAUUUUGAAUCUGCAAAAAACGUUUUCCGGCUUGGAUUAGCUGAUUUCAAUGAAAAAGCAGUUUUGCGAGUUAAAAAUAAAAAAAAAUCGAUAAUUUUUGGGUCGACUUUCGACAAUUGUCCUGAAAAUAGCACCAAGUACACUUUUAGUUGUGUUUAUUCUGGUCUCUCGAAUCCGACAAUUUGUCAAUCUUCCCACUUGUAACUUGCACCCUCAACAAAUAGAUAUUGAUACCCUUCUGACUCCCCUCCCCGUCCUGAUUCGACAAGUGGUUGAAUAGGUUCGACAAACACAUGGCAAAUUGGGCAUGUCGUCAAGUUUUCCUAAGGCUUGGGCCCAAUGGAAUGUGGCGGAGGACUGACAGCGGGGUGCCGAGAAAAGGGAAACGUCGGAUCGUCAUAAUUUUACGACGGCGACACCGGAUCAGAUCAGAUCGACACCUUUUCAAUGUUGUUUUAUUGUUAUCACUCUCCAGCAACAAUUUCCUAGUCCUACAUAUAAUAGAGCGGAAGAGAUUGUUUCCAACACGAUUUCGAUAAUGAUAGGGCUUCAUGUUAAUCCCGAGAAUAUUUCCAGUUCUCGGGAUAGUAAAGUGUGGGUGUCUAUGUCCGUCAACUCGUUAUUAUGUGAUUAUGAUUAUAAGUGUAUUCAAAGUUGUUUGCCUGGGCGGCCAGUGUUGCACGCCGAUAAGAAGUCAUUAGUUUACAUACCUUUCAUGAUCACCUUUCGAGAAAAGCGAUGCUAAUUUUAGGCAUUAGAGAAAAAAACCCCUAAGCUAGUAUUUCUCGUUCCUACUGUACGUUUUUUUUGUGUCAGCGUCCUAUGCAAAUAAUUAUAAGUAUUUUUCAUCCCUCUAGUUUUUUCUUAAAGUUUGAAUGCAAUCCCAAUGGUGGUGACAUUAUGCAGGCUGCAUCACUAUCAUCACCAUACAUUCACAUCAAAAAGAAGGGACAAACAUUAAAUGCUCCUCACACAACACAAAUAUUUCCAUACCAUCCAUUCCAAUUCGCACCAUCCUGAGACGUAUGCACACAAUCACUCCUUGCUCUCUCUCUCUCUCCCUCUCGUAAAAAGAUAAGACACGUUGUUGUACCUCUAACCUUCCACAAAUGCAUACAUGCACAUUGUUAUCAAUCAAUGAGUUACAACUCUCCGUAUUUGCUUCGAAAAGCCUCGUAAGCGUUUGGAAUUGAAAAGUGACUAUUUUUUGAUUGGAAUUUCAAAUAUUCUGAUUUGCAGGGACGACAACGCAUCGCUCCGUUCCGCCUCAAUCACAUUCGACGCGAAAGGAGACGAGCAGGACUUGCUCAACGAAUCGUUUGCCUCGAAUCCAACGGAUGAGACUGUUUUGAUGCAAAGGUAAUAAAAUAUCUGAAAUGAGUCAUCCAGUACUGUUCCAGCCGGAUAGUUUUUCGUACUAAGGAUGAUUCAAAAACGUUUCAGUGUUUCCGAUUAGUCAUUUGUCAAAUAUGGUCUCUCUUUCCUCUGCCGCGCCGGCGUGCUCUCGACAUUCCUUUCGUGCUUUUUUUGUUGUCUAAAUGCUUUUUCCUCUCUUCCUCUCUGAUGCCAGCAAUACGACACGUACACACUCACACACCAAUCGAAAUCAUAAUCAACGAAACUUUCGCGUCAUUAAUCCAACCGUUCCCAGGGUCACCGCCAACCUUCUCAUCUUUCCUUAGCCCCCCCACGUCGCAAAAAAACAUCAUGCAAAUGCAAAUUGUCUUACAGGACCAAGGACGAAAUGGAUGCGGCGAGCGGACGACCAAUAUCGCCAUUAGACCUGCCACCGCCACCUGCCUCUGUGAUCCUACAUCCGAAGGCUCCUCCACCGCCACCACCCCCGUUGGUCAACACUGAAACUAUCGGAAACACAGUCACCACGACCACAACCGUCUACGCGCCAAAAGCGUGGAACGAUCCAUCGGUCACGACUGCUCCCAAGAUUCCAGUGUCUUCACUGUCCGGAGCCCAGCCACUUCCGAGUGUUUUGUCCCAGAAGACGGUCACUUCGUCUAGUUCCUCUUACGCGCCGCCGUCCUAUUCCGGUAAGCAUCCUCAUUCUCAUUCGUCACUUGAAAAUGUGAAACAACUCCUCCUCUUCCUCGGUCGUCCUUUCCUUGUGUAUGGUGGUGGCAACCAAACAAAGGAAAGGAGGAUCGACCUUCAUACAAAACGAUUUGACCGUUCGAUAAGACGUUGUUGGGCGACGAUACCUCCCAUGGAAGAUCCGCAUACCGGAGCGGCAUAUCUCAUCCGCUUGCAACAGUUCCUCUCAUAAUACCCGUAUAAUUACGCAUUAUGUAGUCUUCUUGAAAGUUAGUUAGUUCUUUCAAAUUAGCGCUCGUAGUCUCAAAACUCUGAACUGUUCAAAAAAAGUUUCGAAAGCUCACAUACGUUGGCAAACGUUUCAAGGUGUUCAAAGCGUUAGCACCUUCUUUUGAAACCGAUCCGUCACCGCCAUUGUCGAAUUCCAAAUACACAAAUAUUGGGUUUGAGAAGCGAGAGCGAGAGGAAGGACAGCCGGCUUGCGCUGAUAUUUGGUUACUCCUCGAUUUUCCUCAUUGGGUUACCUAUUAUUAUUCCAUUCCACCCCGUUCUAGGUGUGGUGCGACCGUCCGACCAACCGGUCCGGCAGCUUCUUCUUCUUCUCCUUCUUUUUCAUGUUCCUAUUAUUUUUCUUUGGAAAGCCGUUUAGAGAACUUUAAGAGACCGGAAUACAUUUUGAUUUCGGCCAAUUUUCACCUCCUCCCACCAUCUGAAGCACUUUUUCACGCAUUCAAUUCAAUUCCAUUUCCUAACAAGUUCAGUUACCGUUUUUUCCAACCGAAUUCCUUGACUCUAGUGACCAGAACGGAGUAAAUCCGAAAGUGUAACGACUUUCGGGAAUAAACCAAUUACCAUUGUUGUUUGAUGGGUAGGAAGAAUUCGCAGUUCCCCUCCCUCUCUCUCUCUCUCUCUUUUUGCCUAAAAAGUUGCCAAUUCAAUCACAAUUCGAUAGAAUCCAUCCAAUUUCAGCUUCUUCAAUGAGUGAUGUUCCGCAUGUAGCGCCGCCUCCACCACCGCCGCCGCCGCUACAUCAGUCCUCUUCCUCAGCGGCCAGCUACCAUCAUCAUCACACCUCGUCUAUUCCAAAGGUGAGAACGACUUCAGAAAUGGUGUCCACAUUCGAUUUUUGUACAAUUUCGUACGAUAUCAUGUGGAAAAAGCAAAUAGAGCUCGUGCGCUAGUGCAGCCGAGAAGAAGCCGUUGAAGCGACGUUUCGCACUCGAGAGAGUGUUCCAUCUCAAAAUAUUUGCAUAUUUGGUUUCUCCCCCCGAGCUUCUUCUCGACCACCGCCCGGGGCUCCAAAACUUUUUGUGUACAAAUAGACAGUGCGUCGGAAAAGGAUCACUCACUCUCUCUCUCUCUCACUCACUCCUUUCCAUCGCAACCCAGUGGUGCGUUCUAUUUGAUUCCGACCGAUCACACACCGAUUUCUCAUGUGUCUUCUUCUUCUUCUUUCUAGCCCUCUCAUUUGGCUGCUUUUUCCCUCUCUCUCUCUCUCUCUUAUUUUUCCGAGAUGGACGAAAAUUCCAAUCACACUUCAAACACAACACACUGUUUUACGCAGAGACAGGCAUAGGCAAAAUACACAUGAAAGAAAGAAAAGGAGAAAGCGGCUCGUCAUAAUAUGUAUUUAUCAAUUUGGCGGCGGUCCCCUUCGCCCCGAAACAAGUGCGAGGGAAUUCGCAUAGAAAAUAGGAAGGGAGGAGGGCAGCAAGGCUUAAUAAUUCCCGCACGGGCCGGAUAAACGCUUUGUUCAUCAUCAUCGCCGCCCAGGUUGGUUGGCAACACGGCCUCCCACCGAUGAUCGUGAAUUUUGAAAAUGCAAGUGAAAAUUUUCUUCCAAUUCUCUUCUCCUCUUACUUUUGAGCGGAUUAAAAGUGUAAUUUGAAACUGAAACUGUGGAAAAUGGAGAUUAAUAUUUUUUUGCAUUUUGCUAUUCGCUUUUUGCUCACAACUAUCCAAUUUCAUUCCCAUUUCCAUUUCCGACUACUAUACAAUACAUGAGUCAGAUGUGCUUGUCAUACGCGCCUCCAACUACAAUGGCAUUACUUCCCCCGGCGAGCGCCAAUUUUCCGACUUUGAGCCUAGCGCUCAGCUUUUAUGUGUGCUCAAUUGACCCUCUCCCCCUUCAUUUCCAUUGCUCCAUUGUUUGAAAGGAAAGGACCACCUGUCUCGGGGCGGAUAGUUAUUAGUAGAAACAAUAUUAUAUUAUGAGCGCGAGAGACGCGACCGGUGGUGAUGUUUAUGUGCAAGCUGCAUGUUGAUCCGCAGGAUUUGCCGCAGCUCAGCUCAGAGCUCCAUUAAGGAGAAUGUGCAAGGCGUAGUGUAUGAAGAGAAAGAAAAGCAAAAUAUCGGCUAUGGUCCGCAAUCAUAAUCAAAUGUAAUGGUGGACCCAGUGGAAACCUGCAUAUUUACUCACUUUCGACCACUUGCCUCUUGUUUUCGCGCACUCUACUCUACCACCAGUCGGACCGUUCCGUAGAAUGCAUGUAUCUUGUGCAUAAUUGCAUAGGUUAGUUAGUGCGCGCGCGCCCUCCUCUUCGCCGGGUAUUUGACCGUCGGAUGUGUGUUGGCCGCUCGCUCCGCGCGGAAUGUUUCUUCCCACCAUCUCUUCUUUCUCAACAAUAAUACCAGCCAGUAGUAGUGGCAGUAGUAGUAGUAAAGCAGCGUGGGGCUUUUCUAGGUGUGGUGGUGGUGGAUGGUGCGUGUGACCCCGAACAUUCGGAUUGGUUUGGCGUGUUCGUCUGGCGUCAAGGACAUUAUGACCCUUCCCUUCUCCUUUUGCCUCCUCAAAUGGGUUUCCUCUCAAGUGUACUUACUACACAGCAUCUUCAUCUUCAUCUUUCUGUCUGGCCUCACCCGGCCUCCUUUCAUGAAUUUUGAUCUGAUCCCGAAAUCCUCAAGUCGUUCUUCGAUAUAAUCGCUUUCUUGACACACUCCACCAUUCUCGUACAUAAAUCUUCUCUAAAACGAACGACUUCACAUAAAACAAGAUCCGUUACAUCCGUCGCUCCGCUCACAAAAAAACUAGUAAUACAGUGCCGUGCGGGCGGUCAUUGUCCAGUUUUCCCUUCAAGAAUCUUCAUGGGCAACACUCUCUUUCUUCAUGUUUACCCUUUGCUCGUCCGCAGUCGACACCUUGUUAUUAUCAACCUAGGACCGGACGAGGGACACACCGACUCGUCCGGCUUAACAAUAUUAUCUCAUUGUCGCAGGGCUCUUUCUUUCAUUUUCGUAUUCCUCAUUCCUCCUGCCAACGUCAUGUCCGCAAAAGUGCAACACCCGGUAAUUUAAUGUACAUAAUUAAAAGUCCAUUGGCAUUGAUAGGCUUUGCCGUCUCACAUAAAACCGAGUCCAAACCCAGUUUUUAUUUCCAGUCCAAUGAUUAUAAUACAAACGGGUAGUCGAUUGAAACAUGAUCAUUAGCAGAAUGUUCUCAUCAUCUCGCACUUGAAACAUUUGCUUCAAAAUCUAAUCCUGUGCCAUUUUUCAGUCGAUCAGCUCGUCUCGCGAAGACCUUCUUUCGGAACACGCCACGUCUCGUUCCACGGUCCGCGAGAUUCCGGUGCAUCGCGCGCCGUCGACCGCACCAUCGCACGGCAGCGUCUUCGACUACCGCAUCAUGCCGGCGACCACCACCACCACCUACCAUCACGUUGAAACUCCAUCGGUAAGUCUGCUUGUUUGGCGGGGGGGGACCCGAUUCCAUCUGUUUUGUGCAUACACGUUGUUCUAAUGCUAGGUAAACAGAGAGGAGCUCGAGCUCACCGGUAACCGAAAGAGAAAGAGCAAGCGGCACUGCUUCUUAGUAACUGCGUACCUACAAGAGUGUGUAACUGAUGUAGGGCGGGUGAGUACACGCGGGCCAUGCGGCUACAAGUUUCUCGAGUGAAAAAAGGGGGUAGUCAGUGUUUUACGAUUGGUUAACGUGCCUUCCACUGACAAACUUUGAGAUCCAGUUUUCCAAAGACAAUGGGAGGGGUUCUCGUGUCACUCUUCAAAUCAUGGUCAACAUCCCCCCUCUACCUUUCGGUUUUCGGUUUCCCUUCCAAAUUUUUGCAAUUUCAAUCAAGUGGACUUGGUCUCCAACUGUGAUUUUGACAUUCUGUGUGUGAAUAGAACAUUUUCUCAUUGAGCUUUGUGUUCAUGACAUUCACAAAUACGCACACUGACGCGAAAAAGUUGUCAUAUUUGUUCCUCGACUCGCAUUCUGUAAUUGAAACUGUUUGCGAGUCCUCUGUGUCGACCUAUCAUAAAAAGUUGUGUACAUGCGCAUUCAUUCCCACCCCUCUCGCCUUGCCAACUGCCACAUUCCCUCCUUCUCAUUCUUUUUCGUUUCAGGACGAGUACUACCGCCGUGAAGUGAUGACGAGAACGAUUAUCACCAGAAGCACGGAGGCAUUGUCGCAGGUGAGACUGAGAUUGUUGUAUUAUGAAGAAAAAUUUCCGUAGGCCGGUGGGCGCUGCAGUCAAAUACUAUAAAACUUUUAUUAUCCGCCGCUUUCCUACUUUCCGCUUCCGCUUCCCCUUUUCUAUUCAAAAAUUGUAUUUCCACACAUUCCACAUUUGCAUAUUGAUUUGAAUUGUGGUUUUCUGAUUAUUUACUAGACAUACGUAACCCUAGUCGUGCUUUUUUAUCUGUUUGCCAGCGAGAAAAGUAGUACUUUGGCAAGAGCCUCCUCUCCUGACCUGAUGUUUGCUUUUGACGCCUCAAAGAUCCGUUUCAGACUCCUCUUGGUGGAAGACCAACAUCACCUCUGGAGAGAUAUCUGCCGUACACCACCACGACCACCAGCGGUGACGGCAGAACUCGCGAGGAGAAGACCGUCGAUUACAAGGUUGGUAGAACGAUAAGGGAAAAGAUUAUAUGGUCGCGUUAUUAUAGGUAACCUAUCAUCGCGACAUUGAGGAGGACGAACGUCGUAUCAGAGAAGAUCAGUCCCGUCGGCAGCAGGAGGAACUGGACCGUCGUGCUCGCGAGGAGGAGACCCGCAGACUGAUUGACCAGAGAACUCGCGAAGAGAUGCAACGUCUUCUCGAGCGACAAAACCUCUCCGAGCGAGCCCUGGCCGAGCGCGAACGUGCCGAGAAGGAACGCAUCGAGCAGGACCGUCUUGUCCGUCAAAAGCAGGAGAUGCAGCGUCGUGCCGAGUGGGAACGUCUUGAGGAGCAACGUUUGGGUGCCGAGGAAGCAGAACUUGCCCGUCGUCGCGCUCUUGAAAAAGAGAGAAUUGACAGAGAGAAAGCCGAGGAAGAAAAAAAGGCUUUGGAACGUCUUCAGAGAGAAAAAGAGCGUCUUGAAAGAGAGCGCCUCGAAGCUGAACGUCGUGAAAAAGAACGUCUGGAGAAAGAACGUAUCGAACGGGAAAGAAUCGAAAGAGAACGGAUCGAGAUUGAACGUAUCGAAAGAAUCAAGAGGGAACGCGUCGAACGCGAACGCCGAGAACGUGAAAAAGCAAAGGUUGAGGAGGAGAGACUUCUCCGCGAGCGUGAGGAGGUGGAGCGAUUGGCGCGCGAACGUCGUGAGCUGGAACUUCGGGAGCGUGAAGCGCUUGAGCUUCAGCGUCGUGAAGCUGAAGAACGUGAACGUCAACGUCUUGAAGACGAGGCUCGCGAAAUGCGCCGUCGCGAAGAGGAACGCCGUGAAGCUGAGUUGGUAGCCGAUGUUCAGCGUCAGGCCGAGGAGCGUGAACGCCUCCGCAAACGACAAGAGCGUGAGGAACAAGAGAGAUUGGAAAGAAUCCGUCUUGAACAGCAGAGAAUCGAUAUGGAACGUGCUGAUGCUGAGCGAAGAGAACGUGAAAGGUACAUAGAUUUUAUAAGAAAACCAGAACAGAUUCUAAAGCGUCAUUUUUUAGAAAAGAAGAGGAGCGCAGAGAGCAGGAGCUUCUCGAUGCUGCCAGAAGAAAGAAGGAAGCUCGUGAACGUGAAAGACUUGAAGAGCUGGAACGUGAAAGACAACGCGAAGAAGAGGAGCGCAGAGAACGAGAGCGACGUGAGCAGGAACGCCGCAAUGCUGCCGAACGAGAGCGUAAAAGAAGGUACCCCACAAAAUUCCGGCCUGAUUAUUUCAUAAACUAAUAUUUUCAAGACAAGAAGAAGAGGAAGAGAUCGCUCGUCUCAACGACCUUCAGAGAAAAUCGGUUGCCCGUGCCGCUCAGCGCAACGCUGAACUGGACCUUCAACGCGACCGCGAAGAGCUCGACCGCAGAGCCCGUGAGCUUUCCGAGUUGGAACUCCACGAGAAAGAUCGCCGUGACCGUGAACGUGCCAUUGAGGAAGCUCAACUUGCCGAUCUCCGUGACCGCGAACGCCGCAACCAGCAGAUUCGUGAAAAUGAGCGAAGAGAAGCGGCCGAUCGUGAAGCUGCUCGUCGUCUUGAUGACAGAAGAUCGAGGGACAAGUUGGACAUUCUGGUGCGUGAAAGAAGCGAGAAGGAGAAGUUUGAAGCUGAGAAAAGAAGACUUCUGGCCGAGAAGGAGGCUAUGAACAAGAAGAAGAAUCAUCUUCUGAGCAGCGAGACUCUCGCCAAGCUCACUCAGCCAAUGUUCUACACGACCACUCGCGAGCCAGAAGUGACCACGAAGGUCGAGAGACAAGUCAUUGAAAGAAUUGACCGCAACAUGUGGGUUGAGGAUGUUCCAUACGCGCCAAGUCAGAGCGCCAUCGGAUAUCUGGAAAACGACGAUAUCACCCGUGACCGCAUGUACAACCCAAACGACUUGAACAGAAAUGGAUCUAGCAGGUAUCGAGAAGAAAUGCGCCUCGCUGAAGAUGUGUAACUUGACGUUCAGAAGCCGUUACCACCGCGCCAAGCUCGACCGCGCCCGCCGUGACUUCUACUCUUCAUCUCAGGAUACCGCAGGUCUGGCAUGAAACAUGUAAACUCGCUAGACACACAACACCAUGCGACUAGUAGUUUGUUAUGUCGUCCGCUUACACUUCUACAUAACGUUUUAGAUGCCGAUCGAUUUUCUUUUCCUCUGUGUCAUUUUUGUAUUUUCUCUCAUUUACUUGUUUUCGCGGCACAUUGAUUGCUCCUGCUCCCCAUCCUUCCCUUUUUUCCUCUUCUCCCCAGUGUUAUGUUCCAUGUGAAGCUUUUUUGGCUCUUCUUUCCCUUUCCCAUUUCAUUCAAUCCGACCAACACCAACUACUGAUUACUGACAAACGCACGAACAACUAACUUUGGGACCGGACCAGCAGCUUGAAAUCGAAUACGUUUUCUCGUUUUGUUUCUUGUCUCAUUUGUCCUUGUCCACUAGCAUGUCAACUCGUCAUUACUGUCUAACUCAGCUCACCACGAAAAAGUCUGAACUCGAAAAUCAUGUGUGGGGAAAACAUCACCCAUUUGCAACCACGUACACACAACAACAUUUGAACAAAAAGCACACGAAAAACGCGUGCCCUCUCCAGUUUUGUUCCUUUUUUCGAUCGAUAAUCAGGUGUCGUCUAUAAAAACCAGCUUCUUCAUUAAUCCCUCGACUCAUCCAUUAGGCUUUCUUCGAUCAAAAUUCAAUCUCUUUCCAAGCAGCCAGUUCUUCAUUUUUUUGUGAAUCAACCCUCUAGAAUCCAAUCCAUAUCUUUAGUUUUCUUGACAGAACAAAACCUCACCCUUCCUUUUUUCAAGAUAGUUUUCUUUCUUCCCUCAUCCCUUAGAAGAGUGUGCGCUUGCCUGCGUGAGAGUGUGUGUGCCUUCUGUUCUUUUUCUUUCACUGCCCCCCUCAAAUCAUCCUACAACCGAUUUAUUUCGAACACGAUAUCAGAUAUUAACUGAAAAGAAUAUCCACUAUUCAAUCCACUCAAUAUCAUCAUCUCUCUCUCUCUCUCUCUCUUUCUCUCUCUUUCUCUUCCUUUCUUCUGAUGAUUUGAAAUGCGUUUUGUCAAUGUAUUUUGUAUUGAUAAAAGUUUUGAUAUUGCGAUGCGUUUUCACAAAUAGACACCUGACAACGAACAAACUGAGCACAUUGUUGAAGAAUUGUACGUGGUGAAAAUGUGUGAUGUUGGGAAAAUUUGAAUGGUUUGGAUUUGGAACAUGUGGUUAUUUGUGCCAGAGUUUUUCAGGUUGGUUACAGAUUUGCAUGCAUCGGAACAUUUUAAUGUAAAUAGGCUCUAUUGGCAAGGGAAAUGUCUGAUUUGAAAUACUAACGGCCAGAAAUUGCAAAAUUCAAAAAUUAUUCGAUAAGGCACACAAACCCAGACAGAACUCAUUAAGCCCCAAUUCUCGACCACUAUUAGGGAAACGUUCUUAAAAACAAAACAUUUUUAGCCAAAAGCACCAACUAAUUUUCAGAUCCAGUCGGUGAGCGUUUCCGCAAGUCCACCGACGACCUGACCACCCGUUCCCGUCCGGAAUAUCGUGGUCCACUUCUCCAAAAAUUCCACGAGUCGGAGUUCCGCACGACUGCACUCAAUGAUACCGAUGGUCUUCCGUACCGCCGAAUGGGACCGAGUCCUUACGAACAGGUCAGUUUCUGGUGUCCCUCUUACCCGAAUCUGUAAUACCCCGUACCACAAAACCUGUGUUAACUCCCUCAAUUCCCCCGUUUCACCCUCGCUUCAAUUCAUCCGCUAAGUACAUCAUAUUUGUCAACUGUAGCCGUUCGCGAAGCUUCUGGAAGAGACCGAGAGACGAUACGCGCAGUACAAUAGCCGUGCCAGCAACCCGGCAAUUUAUCAGUCGAGUCGUGCUUAUUAUCAGGAUAGCUAUGGUCAGCCGAAGGUUGGUUCCACUGCUUUUUCUUCAUUUGCUUGCUAAUGGGUCCUGUCUUGUGGUUUUGUACGUCUGUUGGGUCCCCGUUUUUCUCUCUUCAUAUUUAGAAUUCAUGGCUUCUUGGCACUUUGGACAAAAAAAUCGUUUCAGCAUACUGAAAUCAAUACUCGUGCCGAGUCGGUUGUUGCCUAUGAUCGUGAGAGCCGUCGUGAAUCGCCGGCCGACCAGGCUCACAUUAGAAGCCGUUCUGCCGAUUACCUCAUGGACAGAAGGUCAGUUUCGUAGAUUCAAUUUUUCUGUUUCAAACGAACAAUUUUCCAGAAUCCGUGAGGAAACCGAAGUGCCAGAAAAUCAACUCCAAAAGACUCGUGUUGAGACGCACGACCAGUCUCCACGCGAGUCUCGCAUCUCGGAAUAUGAAAUGCGCUUCCGCAAGUCUACCGAAAAGCUGACUGUUCCGGAUUGGUAUCGCGAGAACAGACCACAAGCCGGAGCAUCUUCCAGCACUUAUCGCUACCAAUCGCACACCAACGGACCUGAUCCAGUGAGCACUAACAUCAGCGGAGUGAGCCACUAUCAGCCACCACCAAUUCCGCCACAGCCACAACAGCAACAGCAACAUCAGCAGCAACAUCAGCAACAUCAGCAACAUCAGCAGCAACAUCAGCAGCAACAACAACAAUCUGGAGGUGGCAUCGGACUUCCACGUGGCAUGUUCGACAGAUACCGUGAUGAUAUCGAGGAGCUGCGUCGUUCGCGUUCGUCGCUUCAUCAUGUGGGUCAAGAGCAAGUCAACCGUCAGGUUGUUGCGCUAUAAUGUUAAUUUCCUCUUGUCAUCCAUCACCACGCAUUUUUCCCCGAUUCAUACAUUCUUCCCUUUUCGUUUCCGUUCUGUUUUCCCUCCCACCCAUUUCAACUGCUCAAGACCCAAUAUUGUCUUGUCAACGUUUACGCUUGUACCCUGCCCCCACCGUCUACCCUUACCCGCAUGUUAUUCCUCUCCUUCCCUUUGCAUUCACGUUUUUAGGGAAAUUGAAUAAUGGUAAUCAAAUUGUGAUUGAUGUUUGUGACAACAAUUUUCUCAAUAAAUAUGGAAAGAAAAAGAAACAGCUGGUCGUCAAGCCUAUCCAUGCAUGAACGCGCUUUCCCCCCUCUUCAGACAGUUUUGUGAUGCAAAAGGUACGUUACAUGCAAGUGUUUCGGUUCAGUUAAUUUUUGGUUUUCAUCAUAAACCCAAAGUGUUACUCGAUUCCAUUGUACGCAAUAUUUGUUUCAGGGAUCCACGCUGAGUGUCGCCGCCGCCGCCGGAGACCAAGGACGCGCUCUUCCGGGCUACACAGUGUCGGAAGUGCCGAAUGCGUGGAACUUGCAGACUAGCCGCACUUCUCGCGUCGUCGAGGUCGCCGACACUUUUGUCGGCACUUCUUCUCACGAAUACGGUAGGUCUGUCUUCGAACCUCGACCCAAUAGAACCGCGACAUAAUAGAACUGUUUUUGUGUAUUUAUAUGAGCAUUUUGUUCGUUCCUUCUCUCUCGAACAAUUAAGCAGAGUUUAAACCACAGUUUAUACCUAGAAAAUUAAAUUCAUUCGUUUUUGACAGUACAAUAAAAUUAUUUUCUGUGGGUUUUCGUUACCGUAGAGAAGAGGGAUCACGACGGAAGUGAAAUUAAUGAAUGCAAUAAAUCGAUCACGAGAUUCAAAAAUUAUCUUUUUCUACAAAACAAUUAUUCUACAGAAAGGUUUAAAAGGCACUCCAAACAGUUGUAUUGUCGCCGGUUCUAUUGUGUCGCGGUUCUAUUCUGCGCAGUUCUAUUAUGUGUAGUUCUAUUAUGUCGCGGUUCUAUUCUGCCCAGUUCUAUUAUGUUGGACCGCCCUGUCUUCCAAACGAUGUUUGCAAUGCACUUGUGGAGAGAUAUAGAGAUAUAAAAAUAUAGAGAUAUAAAUGCAAACAGUCUCUGAUAAUAAGCAACGAUUCUUACGAUUUAUGAGAGUUCACAGUAAUUUUCAGGUAACUUCACCAAUCGAUACGGCGGUCGUGUGACUAUCGAAGAAGUUCUUGAUUCGAUUUUCCAAAAAGUGACGCCUACUGAUCCAAGAAGACACGUGGAUAGAAGGUGAGUAAAGAAAACAAGGUCUUCUUCCACUUUCGCUACUUUUUCAGUUACCCACAAGCCGACGAAGUGUUUCAAGGAAACCUUGAUGGUCCCGGGAUCUACACUAACAACUACAACGUGAUGCGCCAAGUUCUGAAGUCGCCAGAAAGAGCCGAGCAUAUUCUACAGUUAAAAAAACAGUGUAAAUGUCAGAAAACUAACAGAGAUUGUUCAGAAACGAGGAGCUAUUCGUGCGAUGCACCCAAUGUCACAGAACCCGCGAACUGUCGGCCGCCAGAAUUUCCUUCGUCUCUUGUAAGCACUGUUACACCUACUACUGUUCUCGUGAAUGCCGGUGAGUAUUUUGCACAUCUAUUUUUUCAUUUAUCGAUUAUUUUCAGAGCCAACAACUGGCCAAGUCACUCGGGAAGAUGCUCUUUUGCCAGAAUCAACACUCUCUGCAAAGAUGUGAUCAUGAAGGUCCGUGAAGACGAAGAAGCCCAAGCGUUCAUGUCGAAAGUGGCCAGAGACGGAUUCUCAGCCAGUGGCCGCGGAAGUGUCAACAUUCGACUUUCCUCUCCACAGUUGGCUCAGGUUUGACAGAUCGGACUAUUUUUGAGUUCUGACUGAAGUCCAUUUUCCAGGCGUACGUGAGCAAGGGCUGGAGAGCACUGACCAGUUAUCCAAAUGACCAACUUCUCUAUUACUACACCGUCAAUGCUCUGAUUGCCGAGAGAAAGGAGCCGUCUCUAAUCGCUUUGUGUAAAAGAUAUGAGCCAAGGUAUUAGAAAUGCGCGUCUUGCCGCCUAAUCACUCUGUUUUUCAGAGAGAAGUUCAUCCUCUCCGUCUCGAUCAUCGCCGACAUCGAGCACUGCCCUGAAACUCCGCCACCAGAGACGCGCGAGCUGUCGGCCGUUCAAUUCUCCUCGCCGCGCUCCCGCUAUGAAGCCAUUCAAAAUCAAAACGCACCAUAUUUCUCAGAAGUGGCGCACAAUGUCUAG